AUGGAAAAUAAAAAAAUCGCAUUGGCGACAAUUAACGACAUUGAAACAGACAAAAAUGUGGACGCAUUAAGUAUGAUCACAAAAAUCGACCUGAAAUUAACAAAUUCGAAAAAUGGAAAUUCUACUAAAAUAAGGAACAUAAACUUUGAGGAUUCACUAAGAAUGAAUGAUGAACAAAUAAAAGUAAAGGAAGCUGUUUUCAUGUUAAAUAACAUGGAAAAUUUUAAUUAUUCAAUUAGUUAUACGGAAGUUCAAGAUAUAAGAAAUGAUUUAAGAUUGUUUGCUAUUAACAAUUAUCAUGAAAAAAAGUACACAGAUUGUCUUAUACACUCCAUUCAUUCUUAUAUGAUUGGGAAAAAAUAUUAUUCGAAAUAUUUUGGUUUCUAUAUCACUGGCGAUAUGAGUACAGAACUAAUUCUUAUUUGUAAGUGUUACGUACUAGUUGAAAAUUUUGAGGAGGGAAAAAAAUAUUUGCAUGAAUUAAAAUUCUUAAUUGACAACACUUUGUUAUAUAUACAUAAAAUGGGCAUUCUUGAUGAUCAGCAACAGAAAAAGGAAGAAGAUUUGAACAAUACUAGUAAAAUGAAUAAUUUAGGUUCGAACUAUGAAGAGCCAAUUAUACAAUGCGGAAUAGAAGUCUUAUCUAAUAUACUUUAUAUUUUUGGUGAUUUAUUAAGUCUAUAUAAACAAAAUGAAGAAGCAGAAACAUAUUUUUUAAAAUAUCUCUACAUGAUAGAAAAAUGCUUCAACGCGGAUAGCUUAAAUUAUAGCGAUGCUCUAAAUGAUGUUUGCUCCUAUUAUAUAAAAAUUAGGGAUUAUUCAAAAGCAUUACCUAUUUGUCAACAGAUUCUCGAAAUAAGAAAAAAAUUCUUUGGAGACUACAAUUCAGAAAACCCAAGUGAGAUUAUCGCUGAUUGUUACUGUAAUUGGGGAUUAUUACUUCGAUUAUCAGGAAAUUCUUUAGAAUCUCUACACAAAUAUUUAAUUGCAGUAGAUAUGAGAAUGAGAAUACAUAAAACAAGACAAACUGUUCAAGUGCAAGAUAUUUUACUUUCCUUCGCUAUUAUUAUGCAACAACUAAACAAUUUCAGGAUGUCAUUACAAUUGUACAAAGAGGUUUAUUCAUUUUAUAAAAAUUAUUAUGGUCCCGAUGAUAUAAACACAAAAGUUGUUUUCAAAUUAAUUGAAGAAUUAGAAAAGGAUGUCAUGAAAGAAACAAACAAAAAUGGGAAAAGAGAACCAUCCCAUAAUUUAGAAAAUUACAUGACGAGCAUAAAUGACAAAUUAAGAAAAGACAAUAAAAUAGAAAAAAAUUGGAAUUCACUUAAUGAAAAUUUGCAAAAUAUGUCGAAAAAGUCAGAUGUAGAUCCACACUUUGUCGAGGAUUUUAUGAAUGAAAGAGUUUUAAUUAAUACCAAAAAUAUUCCCUCCAAAAAUUUAAGUAACAAAAAAACAUUUAUAUCUUUGGAAGGAAAAUUAAAAUAUAACAACUUAAGUUAUUCUAGUAUUGAUGCAUAUAAAUACAUGCAAUCAAAUAAAGACUUCGAAAUUUUAAAGAGUUCAUUUUUUAUUACUUCCUCUAUUAAUAGAAUUAAAUCUUUGUAUGCGGAUUCAUGGAAAAGUACCCUAAUUCCGUCUACAUAUAUAUUACCCUUUGUAGAAACUAAGAUGGUAGACAAUAAUUUAGAAAAGUACUCCCAAUGUAAAGAUUUUCAAAAUGCUAUUAUUUAUAAAAGAAAAAUUUUGCCAAUAGUUAACAUACCGCUGAUAGAAAGAGGUUAUGUUAAAUUGGAUAACGAUCAGCCAAUUAUGACAUGUAAUGAUGAUGCCAAAAUUUUAUUAAGCGAAUGGAAUAUUAAGGAACCCUUUGUAGAUUCCAAGGGAAAUGUAAUCAGUAAAUAUGAAGAUCUGGACAACGAAUUUAACAUGUUUUUAUCAAUUUUAGAUGAAAAUAAUGAAAUUAUGCUUGGUUUUUAUAACAAUCCUUUGCUCGUUCCUAACCCUGCUAUAUAUCACUGCCUCAUUUUGGGUGACCCAUAUUAUUUUCAUCGAUACAAUCAAGUUAAUAAUUUGUAUUCCUUCGAUAAUUUGAACACAAUAAAUAAGAACAAAUUUUAUAAUCAUAAUAAAUUUCUUGGAUCUACUAACACAAAUCGUGACAACGUAAAUUCAUAUAAUAAGAAUUCAAAUGAUUCUAUGAGAAAUAGGAAUCAAUCGAAAAUUAGAACAAAAUCCUUUGGGCAGAAGGAAAAAAAUAGUUUAUUAAGAGCUGAAUCGAAAAAAAGUACAGAAAAUAAGAAUAGUAUCAACGAUGAAGCGAUAAAUAAAGAACAUUCCACUAAACCAAAUGAAAUGCACAAUAGAAGCACGUCCAAAGUUCUUUCGAAGAGCUUAAAAUCAAUAAAAAAAAAAUCAGAAGUGAAAUCAGGGAUGAAUGAAUUAAUAGAAGGGGAAGCCUCGAAGGAUGAGCAAAGUGAUAGUAAGAAGGAUGAUCAAAAUGACGACCAAAGCGAAUACAAAAAGAAAGAGUCAACAAACGAAAUGAAUGAACUGAACGAAUUUGUUAAGAAUAUUAAAUCGAAAGAGAAAAGAGAAGUAACUAAACUAUCAAACAUCUUUAGCGGAAAUAAAAAAGAACCCAGAAAAAAGGUUCCCAUUAAAAAAGUUCACAUUCUAAGAAACAAAAAUAAUAGUUCAUCUACAGUUUUUUCAAAACAAAAGUAUGCAUUGAAAGAUACUGGUAAAUUGAGCACAUUUUUUCCUCGAAAUACAGAGAAAAUAAAAUUAAUUGGGUAUGAUAAUGCCAAUCAAAGUGAUAAAUUAGAAAGAACAUUACGGAAAAUUAGGUUAAAGAAAGAACCUGUCCUAAAAUCUUCGAUUGUUCAUAACAUCAGAAUGGAUCUUCAUAGCAAUGUAAACAUGAUUGAACAGGAUAUAGACAACUUAAAGAGAGAAAUAUAUUAUGAAAAUUUUCCAUCGAGUAGUUAUACCAGUUCAACGCAUUUAUCCUCACCGAAUGAAAGUGACACAAAUACAAGCUAUAAUGAAUAUAGUAAAUUCAAAAAAAAAGGAAAAUAUUCUUCAAAGAAACAUGCUAAAGGAACUAUUCGAUCUGACGCAAAUGACAAUAGUAUUAACGAAAGAGAUAAUAAUAUGGAAAAUAAUAACGAUAUUACCACAGAUAAUAGUAAUGAAAAUGUUAGUCUCAGAGAGGUAAGUAAUCAUCGAAACUCAUUUUAUAGUCAAGGUAGCGAAAAUGAUGAUGAAGAUGUUAUUGAUUUAUGUAAAAUAUUCAAUGUUAACCAGUCUCACAAAGUUUCAAGUAAUUCUUUCAAUGGAAAAUCAUUAACAGACAAAAAAGAUAAUUCGGAAAGUUAUAUAUCAAGUUAUAGCAUGGAAUAUGUAAAUAAUCAUCUGAGUCAUCCAAGUGACGAAAAUCAUAGAUCUUACCUUUCUAGCAUGAACAGGAUUAACGAAAAUUUUGUCCCUAUCAAUAGCAGCAAGAACAAUGAGCGUACCAUAUUUGAAAAAGAUUUCCAACGAAGCAGUUCACAUAAUAGUGAUAAUCAAAAUGAUGCAAUUAAAAAACUCAGCAAAUGUAGUGAAUUUCAUAUGAAGGACAAAAUAAACAAUAUUAAAAGUGUAAACAAAACUGAUAUUUUAUUUAAAUUUAGACUUAAUCAAGAAUGUUCAUUGACUAACGAAAAUAUAUUUUCGGAUAGCGACAUAAGUCAGAGUGAAUUGUAUGCUAAUCCAUUGGGAACUUACCACGAAUUGUCGAGUAAGGGACAUUCCAUUAAUGAGAAUCAAACGAAAGCCAAAAAAUUAGGAGAUCAAAAAAUGUUUGACACAUCGGAUGAUAGGGACGUAUCUGUGUAUUCAUCUUUCCAUGAGAAUAAUAAACAUGUAAUGAAUACACCAAAAAAUGAAGUCAAUAAAAUAAGCAAUCAUUAUACCAAGAAAAAUUUAUGUGUGAGUAAUCAUAACAAAGACAUCUUAAAAAAUAAAAAACAUAGUAAUAUGAACAAAACUAACGAAGAAUUCAUCUUAAGUGAAAACGAAGAAUUUUAUAAUGAAAUGAUUCUUACAGAGUCAAAAAUAGAUUCACAAAUUUCAUAUAUAUCUGAAACUGCAAAAAAUUGUCAUAAUGCAAACAAAAAGGAUACUGUGCAUUCAAACGUGGGUGAUGAAAUUAAUUAUUCUAAUAAAAUUCAUAAUGAUGGCAAAUUUUACCAGCCCAAUGAAGAAACAUUCUCAGAAUCUACAAAAAACGAAGAAUUAUAUGACAUGGAUAAAGAAUGCUUCACAGAUAAUAUAUACUUGAGAAGUAAUUCCAUAGAAGAAUUAGAUUCUAAUUUAAUCACUCAGAAGUAUAUAACGAAUAAUUUCGAAAAAGGAAUAAAUACAGAGGAAAAAUUAAGCAUAAGUGGUAGCAUCGCAACAGAUUCACUAGAGUAUGAAAUGGAUAACAUAUCCAGUAACAUCUCCUACAAUAACAAAAUGAAAAAAACUCAGUCAAAUAAAAAAUAUUUAUCUCAGAAUGAGGCAGACAUAAUAUUAACUAAAACUCAUGAUGGAUAUUCAAAUAAAAACAUAGUGCAUUAUAAUAAAUAUGAUAAUAAUAAUAAUUACACCAUAAAGAAAGAAGCUAAACAUGAAAAUAUGGUAGGGGAAGAAUUGUCCUCAAAUUUAUCAAACAGCAGUGCCCAUAGCAUACUUACUAUGUAUAAUGAUAAUAACGAAAUGCAAGAAUGUGACAUAAAUUAUGACCCUUCAUUUAAUGCAAAUGUAGAAAGCUACAAUGAUGGAAAUCAUGUGAAGGAAAAAAAAAAAAAAGUAGCCACUUUCUUACAUUCCAAUAAGCAAACACGAAUAUCAAAAUUAUUUUCCUUCUUUUCAAGAAAGAAAAAAAAAAAAAAAAAAAAAAGCACAAAAUUGAGCACUUUCAACGAACUUAUCAAAAAUCAGAAUGAGAAUUUAAACGAUGGAGACAAAUACAAAAAUUUUCCAAGCAACCCUUUCAGCAGUAUAUCUAUAAAAAAAGAGGAAUCUAAAGAUAUUAGUGUAACAAAUAGUAUUAUCAAAAGAAAGGGGGGAAAAAAACAUUUAUUUAUGUCUGUGUCUUUGCAUGGAAUGGAAAAACCAAAGCAAAAUAUAAAACCAAAAGGAUUAGGAUUAAAAAAAAUGUUAAUGAUGAAAAAAGGAAUUUUUAGCAAGAAUAAUUUCAUUGAAAAAAAAGAAUCACUAUCAAAAAAUAGUAAUCACAGCAAAUCAGAAGAAAAGGAAACAAAAUCCCCCAUUAAUAUAUCAUCCAAAGAAGAUGCAAGUGAUGGUGAAUUUGAAAAAAAGACAAUCGACAAGGAAGAUGAGGACAAAGGUGCAGAAAUCAAAGAUAUACAAGUAGAGAAGGAAUCCUCAGAAGACAUCACAAAUAGUGAAGAACAAAAAGAAGAAAAAAUGAAAACAUCUGAAAAAAGUGAAAAUAAAUUCCCCAAGAAAAUGAGCCCAUUAAAUGCCCCUAAAAAAACUAUUUUAAAAAAAAUAUCUCCAAAGAUAGUACCAAAAAUUGUUGUAAAUAAAGCACCUGCUAUAAAAGAAAGAAAUAACAUGAAAAAAAAUGAUGAUGUUAAGUAUGAAGUAAAAACCGUGAAAAACAUAAAUGAAAAGUUAGCAUUUGAUAUAUUGAGAAAAAUAAAAUAUUGUAAAAUUGGAUUUGAACCGGAUGAAAUAUUAGGUACUCUUCCCACAGUCCAUUUACUAAAUGAAGAUAAAAUCUUGUUAGCAAUUGUUCCGUGGCAAUUAGAUCUAACUUCAUUUUCCUUAGCAAAAUCAUCAGUCGAAGAAGAAACAAUUAAAAAAAUAGGAUUGUUGCAUAGAAAGUUCGACUUAUCUUUAGAUGAAAGAAAAAAUCAAUUAAUAAAUGAAACGAGACUUUUAACAGGAGAAGGACUCAAAGAACUAGGUUUCACAAGUACAGUUUCUACGGGCAAAGCAGUUGUACCUGACAUAAGUCUAUUAUCAGGAAUUGAUACAAAUGCUUUAAAAAAUGCAUACAAAAUAGAAAAAAAAAGCGAACCAAAGGAAAAAACACCUACAACCAAAAAAGAAUCACCAAAAAUGGCACCUAAGGAAAAAGGAGGAAAAAAAGGAGCACCAAAAUUUAUGAAAGGACCUCCCAAAGGAGCUAAAGCAGGACCUGUUAUUGGAAAAGGAAAAGGUAAAAUAUCCAAAAUAAAACAAGCAAAGGAUGAAGGAAAAACCAAGAGAUUUUUCUGGGAAGCUUUAUUUGAAGAUGAUAUACCAGGAACUUUGUUUGAAGAUAAAAAAGAACUGAUAUCAAAAAUAGCAAUAGAAAAAGAAAACGUAGAAAAAUGUUUUGCGAAAGCUGUUAGUAAAAAGGAAGAAGGUGGAGAAUUGAAAAUUAAAAAACCAAAAAUAAUUCAGUUGUUGCCUGAUUCUAAAAGAGAAUAUAAUAUGUCUAUAGCUUUAUCUAAAUUUAAUAAUUAUACCUUCAAAGAAAUAAGAGACGCAGUUAUGGAUUUAAAUCCGAAAAUACUUAAUAUUGAUAAUACAGAAGUUUUAAUGCAGUAUGUACCGACUCCAGAAGAAUUCGAAAUUGUUAAGGAAUAUAUAUUAUCAAAUGGGGAUUUAAAUUUAGUGGACAAACCAGAACAAUAUGUUGCUGCACUUAUGGGAGUGCCAUUAUUGAAACAAAGACUGGAGUCUCAUUAUUUCGCUUUAUCAUUUAAAGAGAAUUAUGAAAAUACAUUGAACCCUUUAGAAAAUAUAUUAGAAGCAUGUGAAGCUGUAAAAAAUUCCACAAAUCUAUUUACUAUUUUAUUUACCAUAUUAAAUGUAGGUAACACAUUAAAUUAUGGAGAUCCACAAAGAGGUAAUGCUUUUGGAUUUAAAUUAACAACACUAGCCAAAUUAAAUGACAUACGAUCAACUACCAAACCAGUUAAAACACUUUUGCAAUAUAUAUGUGAAAUUAUCUACCAAAAGGAUGCAGAUAUAUUAGACAUUAUUGAAGAACUUAGAUCCAUAGAAAAAGUGACGAAAACAGACAAACAAAUAAUUGACUCUAUAUUACAAAAAUUAAAAUUGGGCUCUAAUAAAAUUAAAAACAUUUUAGAUCUAGCAAAAAAGAACCCAGAUGAUCCAUUAUAUGAUGCACUUAAAGAAUUUUAUUUUAGUGUAGAACCAAAAAUUGAGGAACUAGACACUUUUUAUAAUCAAACCUUUGCCGUAUUCAAAGAAAUAGCUCUCUAUUUAGGGUAUAAAGAAAAAGAAGUUGGUAACAUACAAGUUCAAGAUUUUUUUAAAGAAUUGUGGAAAUUCGUUCAAUCAAUUGAGUUUAAUAGAAAAACAAUCAAAGAAGUAACACUAAAGGAGUUAAAGAAAAAAGAAAAAGAGCUAGAAAAUGCCAAGAAAGGAGCAGUUCUCAGUAAAAAACAAAAUUUCGUCAUUGUUAAAAAACAAGAGAAAGAACCAAAAACGAAGCUAGAAAAAAAAACAUUCAAGAUAUUUUAA